AUAUAAUUUCGUGUUAUCAUCUUUAUGCAAAGUUUAACAGGGGAAUUUUCACAAACAUGUAGAGCACAGGUUGGUAGGCGAAACAAAUUAUGGCACGAUAAUGCUCGUCUGAUAAAUUCCUAAAUCAACCGGCCGGCCCAACCAAAACCAAGACUCUCUCUCAGUCUCAAAUCUCAAUUCAUUAGUUCCACUUCUUCGUGAGAUUCAUACGCACAAACAGCAACGUUACUCCGCUAGGGUUCAUCAUUCUCUCAGUAACCUUGAGGUGGAAGUUGAAUCAUUCUCUUUCGGAGUAACAGCUUCAGAUGGAGCGCGGCAAAAGUAGCUUGCAAGGAGUUGGAGUUCCUAGCUUGCAAGGAGUUGGAGUUCCUAGCGGAGUUGUAGAUCAAGGAGUGAGUCAAGGAGCAGCUGCUGGUACUGCACUCCCUCCACUUCGAAAAAGGAAACUUAAUGCUAGUGGUAGUAGAAAAACUUCUACGGUUUGGGAAGAGUUUAACAUUUUACCGGAUGAGCCUGAACCUAUAGCCGCGUGUAAACACUGUCAUAAAAGGUACCGAUGUGACCCUAAAACACAUGGUACUUCUAACAUGCUAGCUCACUCGAAAGUGUGUUACAAAAACCCUGCCCUUUUGUUGAAAGACCCCAAUCAGACAAACCUUGUAAGCGGCGAGGGUGGGUUUUUAGUUCCAACUAGUCAAAGGUUUAAUGUUGCAGCCUGUAGGAAGGCCAUUAAUACCUUUGUUAUCCUUGAUGAACAUUCCUUUAGAGUGGUUGAGGGUGUUGGUUUUAAGCAAAUGUGUAAACAAUUGCAACCCCAAAUGGCUAUCCCUACUAGGAGGACCGUUGCUAGGGAUUGUUUUCAGCUUUACCUAGCUGAAAAGUCACGUCUUAAAGCCUUUUUUAAAUCUGAUUGUACUAGGGUUGCACUAACCACAGACUGUUGGACUUCGAUACAAAACCUUAGUUAUAUGGCCACCACUGCACACUUCAUUGACACUGCUUGGAAGUACCAAAAAAAAAUUAUUAGUUUCUCUUUAGUUCCAAAUCACAAAGGUGAUACCAUUGGCAUGAAAGUCGAGGACGUUUUGAGGGAAUGGGGGCUUAGGAAAGUGUCUACAAUUACCCUGGAUAACGCAACAGCAAAUGAUGUGGCUGUGAGUUAUUUGGAUAGAAGACUUAAGAGCAAGAAUGCUUUACUGGGUGUAGGUGAUUAUUUGCAUAUGAGGUGUGCUGCCCAUGUCUUGAACUUGGUAGUGAGAGAUGGUGAAAAAGAACAUGAAGGGUCUAUUGAAUCAGUUCGCACUGCUGUUAGGUUUGUAAGGUCUUCUCCACAAAGAGCUAUGAAGUUUAAGGAGUGUGUUGAACUUGCGGGCAUAACUUGUAAAAAAAAACUUUGUCUUGAUGUUUCUACAAGGUGGAAUUCCACUUACCUAAUGUUGGAUGCUGCUGAAAAGUUUGAAGCUGCAUUUGACAAUAUGAUUGAUGAGGAUCCUGGAUACAUCGAAUAUUUUGACCUCCUUACCGGUCCACCCGGUUCUCAGGAUUGGAAAAAAGUUAGGGCUUUUGUGGUUUUCUUACAAACCUUCUAUGAGGCAACCAAAGUGUUUUCAACUUCGCAAGAAGUGUCCUUGCAUUUAGCUUUUCAUAACUUGUCUUCAAUUUUGUGUGAGCUUCAAGAAGCUUCAUUUAACUUGAAUUCUUAUGUGGCUCCAAUGAUUUCACAUAUGAAGGUUAAAUAUGAUAAGUAUUGGGGGGAUGUGGGAAAAGUGAAUCAUUUUCUUUACUAUGGAGUGAUCUUUGAUCCUAGGUUUAAGUUUAACUAUAUUGAGUGGUCUUUUAAUGAUAUGUAUGGGCAUUCUAGUGACCUUGCCAAGAAAAAUAUUGAAUGUGUCAAAACUAGUUUGUUUAAACUAUAUAAUUGGCAUAAAUCUGAUCAUGAUAAGAAUGUUGGGGCUAGUCCUUUAAGUGCACCAGGGAGCACUUCCCUUGGAGAAGCAUCUUCCCAACCAAAAGAACCAUCACCUUUUACAAGGGCUAAUGCUUUUAAGAAACAUCUGAAGGAAAAAGACACAAUUGAAAAUGAAAAUGAACUAGAGAAGUACUUAGGUGACCCUUGUUGCGGGGAGGGGGAAAAUUUUAGUAUUCUUAAUUGGUGGAAGGAAAAUUGCACCCGUUAUCCUAUAUUAGCAACCUUGGUUCGGGAUGUGUUGGCAACACCUGUUUCUAGUGUAGCCUCAGAAAGUGCUUUUAGCAUGGGGGGAGGAUUUUAGAUAUCUAUAGGAGCUCUUUGAGUCCAGAUAUGGUCGAAGCGCUUAUAUGUACUCAAAACUGGUUGAAGCCUUCUGACAAUGAUCUAAAUGUCCUUAAUAUGACUGAAGAAUAUGAGAUUAGUGAAUCAAUUGUUUCAGAGUUUCAAGUAGCUACUGGUGGAGCAGCUGCUCCUACACAGGCUGGGCCUGUUUAAUUCUCGCCUAGCUGUGAAUUUUUGAAUAUUUUGGAGUCACUUUGUGAUUCAAUAAGACAAGCCUUUCUUUUUUGGAGUCAUUUUUUGAAACUAAGGAUGGAACCGUUUCAGUAGCUACUGCGUUUGCUGGUCAUCAGGCACGUUGUCUUGGGCUUAUGCAAUUGUUCUUACCGAAGUACACAAACAUAAUGUCACUUGUAUUUCUUUUGCAUUUGUGCUCAAGCUUACAAACUGAGUUUGAAUACUGCAUGUUAUGCUAAUCUGUUUUUGGUGGUGCAGUAUACUGGGAUGAUGUUACUUGAGGAGAUGGCCUGUGUAAUGUUCUCUUGCCUGUGUAAUACCACUAACCAAGGCUUCAAACUUUAUAUCAUUUAUCCCUGUGCUAAUUGUUCCAUUUGUCUAUGCAUGCUGCUAUCUAGUGUAAUAUCUGCUAACUGCUAACUGUACUUUAAACAUAUAGCACAGGUAAGAAGAAACUAUUAAUACAUAUACAGUUGCUGCUGUGAUGCGUGAAGUUUUUGCUAUUUUGCAUUUUCAAUGCAUAUUACAAUUAGAAUGUGUUGCUUAUUAUUCUAUCUAGCCCCAAAGUUCAUACUGUCUUAUUUGUUCUCUUGAGCAUGAUAUUGGAUUCGACUUUGGUAAUGACUAACAAGUGUCUUUGUUCAUAAAAAUCUUUCAGACCAUUAUUGAUCUUCAUUGCAUGUGAGACCUAUUUUGUUUCCUAAAUAUUAGUUGCCUCUGACAACAGGGUGAGGCUAAAAGUGCCGAACUGAUCGGACAAGCCAUUGCCAACAAUCCAGCUUUCAUCGCACUGAGGAAGAUUGAAGCUGCAAGAGAGAUUGGACACAUCAUAGCAAAUGCAGCAAACAAGGUUUACCUGAAUUCAGAUGAUCUUUUGCUGAAUCUUCAGGAGAUGAAUUUGGAGCCUGGCACAAACUGAGCUGGUUAAUUGGCAUUCUGAUUUAAUAUUGCUUCGUGAAAUAAUCUAGAUUGUUGAAUUUUAUAUUUUGCAAAGUUAAUUCAACUACCAAGAGUGUGUAGCUUAUCUGUAUCAUCGUUACAUCUUUCAUUAGGACAUGUAUUGUCUGCAUUAUGUGGCUUAUUCUUGGUUGGGCUCUUACCCUAUGAGUUUGAAAUAGCAUGAUUAUAAUGUGCAAGCAAACUGCAAAGGGUAUGUCAUGUCCCGACAUCUAUGAAGUUGUACUUAGCGUGUGUUUGGCUGUUUCUAGAAUUCAAUUGGAAAUAAAGAAAAACUAGCUUCUACGA